GGGCGCAGUAGUGUAGCAGACGGAUGUUUUCUGUCAGAGAAUAACACGGGGGUCCAGGAUCAUGGCUGCCCAAACAGACCGCGGGAUCCCAGUGAGCACACUCUGUCCCAAAUAUCUUCACACCAACUCCACCAGCCAUACCUGGCCCUUCAGCGCCAUUGCAGAACUUAUUGACAAUGCAUAUGACCCAGACGUGAACGCCCAGCACUUCUGGAUUGAUAAAACUAUGGUCAGUCAACAAGAGUGCCUAAGCUUUAUGGACGAUGGCAAUGGGCUAGACUACCAAACUAUGCACAGGAUGCUUAGCUUUGGUUACAGCGAGAAAGUGGCUCUUAAUGGCGUUCAGCCAAUUGGUAUCUAUGGAAACGGGUUCAAGUCUGGCUCCAUGCGGCUUGGAAAAGAUGCCAUCGUGUUCUCCAAAUCCAGGACUGCAAUGUGCAUUGGGAUGCUCUCACAGACCUACCUUCAAGAGAUUAGAGCAGAACAGAUCCGUGUGCCUAUUGUGUGCUUUGAGCAGAGAGGAAAAAAAAUCAGUGUUAAAAAUGAGCACAAAGCCAGUCUUCUGGAUAUUCUACGCUAUUCACCCUUUAAAUCGGAAGCCAACCUGCUCACUGAGAUCAAUGCUAUUGGGCCUUCCUGGUCUGCAACUAAAACAGGGACACGGAUCAUAAUCUGGAAUCUCCGCAGAACAUCACAAGGUCGACUGGAGAUUGAUUUUGAUUUUGACCGUUAUGACAUACGAAUGCCAUCUGAUGUAUACCAGGAAAUGAAUGACACUUCUUACAUCCCUGAAAGUUUGUACUCCCUUCAGGCCUACUGCAGUAUACUCUACUUGAAGCCUCGAUUGCAAAUCAUGAUACGUGGUAAAAAGGUGAAGUCUCAACUCAUUGCAAAAAGUCUGGCACACAGUAGAAAAGACCACUAUAAGCCAACAUUCCUUAACAAGCGUAUUCCUAUUAUUUUUGGGUAUAACACUAAAAGUAAAGAUCAAUAUGGCAUUAUGAUGUACCAUAAAAAUCGACUGAUUAAAGCUUAUGAACGUGUGGGGUGUCAGCUUAAGGCUGACAAAAAAGGUGUCGGCGUCAUUGGCAUCAUAGAGUGUAACUUUCUGGAUCCCACUCACAACAAACAAAGUUUUGAGGAAAAUGAUAAGUACAGGAAAACUAUGACCAGUUUGGGGAUCAAGUUGGAGGAAUACUGGAAAGAAAUCAGAUACAGGAGAUCCAAAGAAGAUCCCACUGGCAUACCAGUAGAAGAUACAAUUAAAAAACCAGACCAAAGCUGGGUGCAAUGUGAUGAGUGUUCUCGCUGGCGAAAACUGCCUGAUGGAAUUGACUGCUCAAAGCUGCCAGAAAAAUGGUACUGCUAUAUGAAUCCAGAUCCCCAGUUCAGGAGUUGUCAGGUUGAGGAGGAACCUGAGGACUCGGAUGAUGAACAGCCUUCAUACUGCAAGACCUACAAACAACAGGAAAGGGAAGAGAAAAAGAUGCAAGAAAGGAGAAGACAACAGGCUGAGACAGAACAAAAGCAGAGAGAACGGCAACGACUGCAGGCUCAAUUGAAACGCCAAACAGAGGCCAUUCUACAACAGCUACGCCAUGAUACUGGAUCUUCAACCACACCACCUUCUGCUCCAACCACACCAAGGAAUAAGAUGAACAUACAUGCAAUACAGGGUGGGUCUACCCUAACCCCUUCCUCCAUCUCACAAGCUGACUGCAGUCCCUCUACCAGCAAUGGUCUUCCAAUUAUUUCAAGUGUAUGCUCUCUGGCUUCAAUGUUAAGGAAAAGGCAGCAGCCCAACACUCCAGACACCACUCCCAAAAGACCAAGAGUCAGCCAAGUGCAAAAUAACAUUGCAGGUCAGGUUUUGUCUUUGGAUGUGAGUCCAACAAGGUCACCAUCAAUCCCCAUUGACAACAGUAGUGAUGAUGAAACAGAUGAUGAUCUUGUUAUACUGGAAGGUGUUAGUACACCUAAACCUAAAAAGACAAACCCUGCUUCGAUCACAGUAAAGACUGAGCCCACAGAGAAUCAGAGUGAAGUGAACUUGCUGCUGGAGUGCAGCGAUGAUGCAGCUGUAGACAAUUUUAGAAGUACCACUGCAGUUGAUGAUGCCCCCUCCGUGGCUCCUCCUGGAGUGGUGAACAUCACCACACAAACAGAAGCUCUUAAAAUUGAAAUAAAAAAGGAAGAGACUAAUCAAGGGAGUAGAGCGCAAACAAACAAUUAUAAUGAUGACCCGGCAGCUUGUAAUUCCAGGGACGCUGAUGACUGUGAGAAAGAUAUGAAGGACAAGCCACUCAAUCAGCCUGUGCAGGAUGGAAUUACACCUGGUUCAGAAAGCAGUGAUAAUCAAAGUGUUUCUGCUACUGAUGUGGAUAAUAGGGAUUCCCCAUCUUUGUUGUGUCCUCAGAAAGAACUGAACCAGUUAUCGGAGCUCAGACAGGAAAGAGACUCUUUAAAGGAGCAGGUACAGCAGCUCCAGUCUCAGCUGCAGGAGCUGCAGAGUAGACUAGAUGUGUCUCACAUUUACGUAAAAAAGGAACAAGAUGAACAAGAUGGUGAGGAAGGACAGAACUCGGUGGACUACAAAACACUCUUUGAGAAUGCCAGGCACAAAAUCAAUGACCUCAUAAAAGACAAGCAGGCUUUACUGGCAACUGUUGAGGUCAAGCCAAGUGCUGACCCAAGUGAUGAAAAGGCCAUGGAUGAGAUUGCACUGCAAGUGGAUCAUCUCAUGCGGCAGCUGGAUGAAAGCAACAAGGAGAAAGAGAGAUUGCUAACACAGUUGGAGUCAACAGUGGAGGAAAUGGCCGGUCUGGCAUCUGAAUGUGAGACUCUCAGAUUAAAUCUUCAACAAAUGAAAGGAAAUGCAGCUACAUGUGUUGAUUCACCAGUGCAAACAGAUGCCCAAGAAACACGAGCUGAUCCUGGGCCUUCAUCCAGCACUGAUGCCUUUCAAAGUUUGGUUGCACUGCGAGGCAAUAUUAAACGUCUUCUCGUCACAUAUGUUGAUUUUGAUCUGGAUGAAGUGAAUUAUGAGAGCAAUGAAAUAGAUGGAGUCUUAGAACAAGUUUUACGUCUGAAUAAUGUUGAAUCAGGAAACGCUGCAUCAAGUGACCAAGGACGGUCAUAAAAAAACUAAAAUUUUACAAAUUGUAUUUGGGGUUUUGUUCAAUAAUGCUUUUUUUUACUGUUUAUUUAAAAUUCUCUCUUAAAUGUUGAAAAUCAAUAGGUUACAUGAAAUGUAUAAUGACUUUUAAGGAGAAAACAAGAGGAAUGGCCAUGAUAUACAGUUUUUGGAUGAUUAGUGUUUUAAAAAGGACAUUUUUAUACAAUUGCUAUACAUUUUAUUAUUUGUUAAAUGGGCCUAUUGUUGUGUUUUUUCUUAUCGUGCCUGAAUUUAUUUUUUUAACCAUUUAAUAACAUAAUGUUGCUAAAAAAAAUAAACCACUCUUUAACAG